AUGGUAGGAGUUCAAGUAAAGCACAACAGUCGAUUAGCUGACCUGAUAAACUACAAGUUACGUGUCAUAACACAAGAUGGUAGGGUGUAUAUUGGUAUAUUGCUGGCGUUUGAUAAGCAUAUGAAUGUAGUACUGAGUGAUUGUGUGGAGGAGAGAGUUCUCAAGAAGCAGAUCGAUGACAUAAAGAAUAAAGGCUCGGUUGAUCGAGACAACCUGAAAGUUGAGAAGAGAGUGCUGGGACUUGUCAUUCUCCGAGGCGAGCAGAUACUAUCGACAGUUGUAGAGGACAAGCCGCUACUUUCAAAAGCAGAAAGAUUGGUUGUCGACUCAAAACAGCAGAAACAGCUAGCAAAGGAGCGCAAUAAGAGGAAGAAAAAUACCACUACAAAUGGCGGGAAAGUGGCCAAGUCAAACAGCAAGGAUGUGAAGCCAAAUGAGAGAACAAUACAACAACCGGUAAGGAAAUUCCAACCACCACCAGGAUUUAAGAGAAAGUAA